AUGGUGAGGGACCAGGACUGGGGGUCUUCUUCGGGUCUUCCUGUCGUGGAGGGGAAACCUGCAAAAAAUGACAAUAAUUUUGGCAGGUUUUUGGCGGGGCUGUUGCUAAAGGGUGGGCUCCACCUGUACGUCCCUCCCGUCCGGCGUCAGGCCGUCCGUGGUUUGUACCCGUGCUGGCGCGGUGCUACGUACGGGGCGGCAUUAUCAGCAACUCAAGGCACGAAAACGCGCUGUCCUGGGCUGUCGGUGGUCUGCCCGCCCUGGCCCCGGCUUGGGGAGGGGAGGAGGGGUGACGGAUGGGAGGGGUUCUGCGGUGUAAGUGCCAACGGUACCUUACGGGCUCAGUACAUUGUCACGUCCCGUCAUUGGUCUCCACCGACAGGGUCAACGUUUGAUCAAGGUACCUGGCCCUCCAGUGCACAGGCACGCAGACGCGCAGAGAGAGCAACACUCAUCGAUUUCUUUCCAAGCCGUUUGUUACCAAGUAAACCGUUGGCUGGUAUGCCCCAAAAUGCCAAACUCUACCCAAGAGACAUGACUGAUGGCUAUCCCACUCCAUUGGUGUUCAAUUCGCAUCAACCCACCUACCAAUUGCCAAACACAAUCAAUAUGUUGCAUGAAGCCGAGAAGCUCUCUACAAGCAAGGAGCUUCCUAUCUUGAGGCACUCACGUUUUCGUCCAAGCUUCCGGCUGCCCUAUCAUGAAAGACGAGUAAAAAUGGCUGUACAUGCCGUAUUGCGGACAAGUCCCUUUGUUUCUACCAUUGUGCCUGCCAACCAGCUCACAGAUGAGGGGCGAUGCAUCAAGGGACGGCCCUUUCUCUGGCUGAAAGUCAAGACGGUACGGCGAGAUAUCCGGCCACAUACAAUAUACGAAGCCCGUCUGAAUACAAAUAUCAUGGCCCAGGCACAAAUCAAAAAUCCCAACUUUCCUAUAUCUGGUAUAGGUAUGUACCAGUCCGACAUCAUUAGAAUGCAUCUAGAUAUUUCAGGUAUGUAUUUGAGCGAAGUAUGCGGAAGGGGGGGUUAUCUGGCUUAUGGGGUAUGGGGAGAAGACAUAGCCAAUGAGAACCCGUCUAGACAACCUCAGUCCAUUCUAACGUUCAGCACCCAAAAACUCCCCGCCGGCGCUGUUUACAUCCCUGGGGUUACGUCUCCGGGCGCCUGUCAUGAUGCUUCACUCGCCUUAGGCGAAGGUACUCCAUCAUCCCAGCAUCGCGACGUUCGAAGACUUCAGCGUCUUCUGCACGAGUCAAAUCACAUUUCAACCAAUAGAAUACCAUAUCCAGGAGAGCCGUGGAACACCCCGUUGAAAGCGCAUGUCAAGUUCGCCUCCCCUGCCACCUUGGGAUCCGCUGGGCAACCGUCGCUCUCGGGCGCAAUCAGCCGACCAUUGACUUCUUCAUCUCUCGGCGCCUCGUCAACAAUCCCCUCAGCCACCACAAAAGAAGCGGCUUUGCAAAGUGAAAAGGCAUCGCUCAUUGAGGAAGACUCAGGCUUAGCCAAUAUCACGAGCUUCUAG